AUGGUACUACAGUAUGAUGAGCGCUCUGGAGGCCACGUCGAGGAGGCCGCCGACCUCGUCGAGAGAUUGAAGAGCUUCAUGAAGCGUUCAAGUAUCCUGGUAGUCACUGAGGACACUCAGGCUUGCAGAGCUGAGGGGGGAUGCACUCCCGACGCUAUCGCAGAAGCCAUCCGCUCGACAUGUCGGCAGGCGAGACGCGACCUGGUUGAAGACUCUCUGAGCGAAUGGAGCUCAGAGUCGAGAGCAUGGUUUAUGCAACAGAUGGAGGAAGCGAAGAGGGGCGUCGGAUAUGAAGGAACGGGCUAUGUUUCAUGCAGCCAAUGCCAGCUCGGUUCUUACAAUCCUUCUGCUGGUCUUACCUUCUGCGCUUCGUGCCCUGCUUCGAAGACUACAGCGAUCUACAGCUCCAAGUCAGCUUCAGAAUGCGUCUGUCUGGCGGGAUACUUCUUGCUGGUCGACGGCAGCUGCCAGCCCUGCUUUCCAGGCACGUUCAAGCCAGCGAUCGGAAACGGCGAAUGCACCGUCUGCGGCACCGGUAAGUUCGCCAUUGGGGAUGGAAGCACGGAUGCUUCACUGUGUAUCUGCAAGCAGGGCUAUUUCGGCGCCGACUGCCUGCCUUGUGCCGCUGGAUCUUACAAGAACAGCACAGGCAGCGGUGAUUAUUGCAGCAUCACUUCCAUUUUCACCAAAUCAGACAGCAACACGUCCUGUGUCCCCUGCGAGCCUGGAACGAACAAGAUUAACCUUGGUGAUUAUGCCUGCGUUUCCUGUCCCGAAAACUACUAUUCGGAAGCCUAUGCGUUAGACACGGCCUGCAAGCCCUGUCCCGCCUUCACCACUUCCGCUGCCGGCUCUUCCAGGAUUGAAGACUGCCAGUGCGUAGCUGGCUACACCAACUUUAAUGGUUCCAACGGAUGCGUCCCGUGCGCUGCCGGACCGUACAAGAAUUUCGCCGCUUCCUUCAUCUGCACGCUCUGCCCUGAAAACACUUACAGCUCCGCGAUAGGCGCUACCAGCGUCCUUCAAUGCACCAGCUGCCCGCUGCAUUCCACUUCCAUCCCAGGUGCUUCCAAGCUGGAAGACUGCAAGUGCGAUUCCGGCUUCCAGAAGAUAGGCGUUGAUUGCGUGAGCUGCGGACUUGGACGAUACGGAAACGGGACGGAAGCCUGCAAGGAUUGUCCUGCUGACACCUACUCUAUCACUACGCUAUCUGCCAGCGUUGCCAGCUGUUUACCCUGCCCUUCCAAUUCGGUAGCGCCGAGCUCUUCGGUGAACGUUCUGGCCUGCAGAUGCAAGGAAGGAUACACUGCUAACAGCGACGGCGUUGCCUGCGCGGCCUGCCAAUCCGGAUACUACAAGAACUACCAAGGGAAAGGCCCUUGCGUUGCCUGCGCUAUCGGAUUCUACAUGCAAACUGCCGCUUCGGUGACGAUUGAUGAUUGCCUGCCAUGUCCGGCGCUAACGACAACACUGGCGAACGGAUCCAGUCUGAUUUCCAGCUGCCUUUGCCAGGUUGGCUACUACAAGGAUCAAAUAUCCGACAACGCCUGUACGCCCUGUCCUUCCGACACGUUUUCCGCACAGAUCGGCGCUGUAGCGUCUACCACUUGCAAGCCCUGCUUUACCUACGCUAAGAGCGCUGCCGGGAGCUACGAAUGCAGCUGCGUUCCUGGCUACUACCGCAGCUAUUCCGACGUGCUUGGAUACUGCCUGCCUUGCCCUUCCGGCACCUACUACGACAUUGCGUUGAAGUCGUGCCAGAAUUGCCCUGCCAGCACGUACAACCCUGACAUAGCCGUGAUAGGCGCCUGUCUGCCCUGUCCGAACCAUUCACACAGCAACACCAACGGUUCUACGCAGAUUUCGUCCUGCUCCUGCGAUCCCGGCUACUACAAUCAAUCGCUAGGCGUCUGCGUUGCCUGCGUUCCUGGCAAGUUCAAGACUGCAGAUUCGCCGCAGGGCAAGCCGUGCGAAGUUUGCAGCAUGGGGUUUAGGGUUUAG